GCGGGGUUUUGUCCUCAUCCCCACGACGCCAAACGAUGGGGAAAGUGAUGAUGCCAUGCGCCAACGCAUGCAGCAGUGCAUUCGGCGAGUUGCCGCCGCCAAUAUCACACUGGGUCGCAAGCCAGACGGUAACAUGGCCAGGCUUUGGCUCACGAUCAGCCAACCACCGGAAAGACGACGCCGAGCUGCUCUGGCGGGGAAAGUGAAACGCUUGAUCAUUGAGGCCGGGGGAUCCUCGACUUUGCCACAGAUUGAGCCCGAGUGGGCAACGGGUACUGUGUGGUUCCGAGACCACAAGGUCAGCUCCGGUUCAUCAUCGUGCCCACCAAACUCGGCGCCAGCCGGAUGCGGGUGGAUCGACCUCAAGACCAUUGCAAAGUUGAUUGGAGUUCCCGCUGGUCCUCACUUUGACCAGAACGAAACGUGGAUGCUGAUCCACGGCAAGCUGACAAAUGAAUGGAGAGGUUGCGCUGUUGCUUUCCGUAAAGUCCUAGGCACUCAUGAGCACACGCGCAUCCUGAAAGCCGCUAUCACCGUCACUCUGCGCAGUCCCGACAGCCGUACCCUAGGGAUUGUUUCGGGGCACAUUUCCCAUAACUUUACCAUUGCCCAGACCGCCAGCUGCCUUGCCGACUGGGAUGCAUCACCCAGCCUCACCCUCGAUAGGAUCAUUCUGGGGAUGGAUGCUAAUGAGACCUUCCUGCACCCCGGGGGCCACCUCGGCAAGACCACUCUCUCGUGCACAGGCAGAGGGGAGCAAAUCCUCCAAUGGUGCAUGGAGCAAGGCAUUGUGCUGCCGGCGCAGGAUAUCGAGCAACCAUCAUACUACCCCUACAAUACUGCCAUGUCUCCCCGCAGGCUUGACUACAUUGCCACACGUGGCAUCCACUCAUUGCAAGCAUGGGUGGGUCAACACAGAGAUAGAGCCAGUUCUGACCAUGCGGACCUGCACUCAGCCAUAGCCAAUGCAGCCAAACUGAUCACGGUGCCAGUGCACCGAUCCCUCAAGUUCCAAGAAAGCAGCACACUCAAACGCAUGCGAAGACAGGCGAGGGAACUCAAGCCGGGGAAUGAAGCCCGCCAAGCUUGGAGUUCAGUGCACAAAACGCUGCAACAGGAACGAAAAGGUUGGAGACGCCUCCUGGCUGAUAAAGCCGGGGAACAAAACUGGGACGCCCUUCGCUCGCUCAAGAAGAAGGACUCCAAAACAAAUUGGGCAGACGCUUUGCUUGAUGACCCUGCAUGGUCCACCAAGCUCGAUGCACACAUGCGGAGUAUCUUUUGCAAAGCCGCUCCAGCAGCAACCCGGAGUGCCAUGGCACUCCUGCAUGCAGAAGCCUCAGCCCUGUGCAAAUGCACCCCAUGGCGUCCUUUCAGCGAGGCCGAAAUGAGAAUCACAAUGGCACGGUGGAAGAACCACCGCGCCACGGGUCCGGAUGGCAUCGCGCUCGAGGCCCUCAGACUCAUGUUUGAGCAUCCUGCGUGGCGCCCUAAGAUUGCCGAGUUGCUUAACGACGGGUUGUACAAGGGUCAUCUCCCCCCUUUGAUCAUGCAGGGGGCCUCGGUGCUCUUGCCAAAGUGUGUCCAGCCCCUCUCAUGGUCCGACACGAGGCCGAUUACCCUCUCAAGUGCCCUGCUGAAGUGGACGUCACAGCUGCUCUUACUCAGGGGG